UUUCUCAGAAUUCUUAGGAUCCUAGGACUUUUGUUAAGCAUACAUUUUUAGCACUUUUUGCUAUUUCAACUAAAUUUUAUUUUCUUGGUUGGACUUUCCUGCCUUCUCAACACUGUUUAUCUUGUCAAUUGGCAGAGGUUUUAAAUUGCCAAUGUUUCUUUGGAAUGCAUGUGCCAUGACAUGCUAACUCUGGUCUCUAGAGCCUAAUCCUUUAUUUGGUGGACAUAGGUAAUCCUUCAUCUCAGCUUUUUGUGUUUUUAACUCUUUGCAGCCAUUGGAGGAAUGUGUUAUGUUAAGGUUAUCCUGGACCUGUCUAGGACUUUGGAUUAUAUCUCUUCAUACUAAAAUAUAGUCUCCUGUCCUGAAAAGAGGGUAAGGAGUAUGACCUUUAGGUUCUUUUAAGGCAGGUACUGUCUGAAGAAAGUUGCUAAUAUAAACCUGGCCAGCAUAGUGAAGUCCCACCUCUACUAAAAAUAUAAAAAUUAGCGGGCAUGGUGGUGGGCACCUGUAGUCCCAGCCAAUCGGGAGGCUCAGGCAGGAGAAUUGCUUGAACCCGAGAGGUGGGGGUUGCAGUGAGCCGAGAUUGCACCACUGCACUCCAGCCUGGGCAACAGAGUGAGACUCUCUCUCCCCCCACCCUAACAAACAAAUAAAUAAAUAGCUAAUCCAGUGGGUGUGCUUCCUUAGUCUUCAGCCUUGCAGAUGAGAUGGUCCUCCAUUUCCUUGCAGACGUGGAACAAACUGAUUUUCCUCCUGCCCUUACCCUUUCUCUUAGUUCUGGCUUGGCCCCUUUAAUCAUGUCAUUCUGGUUGCCUAGUCUUUCUUUUUCCUAUUUAAGGGUCAUACAAGAACUAUUAAGAAAGAAGACUGGUUUUCUUUUUGUAAAAGAAUUCAGCUGUGGUUAGCAACAAGCUAUUUAUCUACAUUCCACAUGUCCUACUAUGGGAAUGCAGAAAAGAAUUGCCUGAAUCAGCUUUGUUUUUUUGGAGAACAAAGAAGUUGGCUUUCUAAGAGGAGGAAGGGCCCAUUUUCACAGGUGAAGAAAAUACCCAUUUUGAAAAUUCAUGUAAUUUCAGGUAGCAUUACUUUUCUCAGCAAUUGAGAGAAUGGGGAACUAAGGGUAGAACUGAAAUAAAUGCAUCACAGGGCUAUUACACAGAACAGCCUAUUUCUUUUCUUCAUAGAAGCUAUUCCUGUUGCUUGACAGUUACAGCAAUUUGGAGGUAGGAUCUCUUGUAACUGAGAAGCAUGAUUUUCACUCCUUUUUUCACAGGAACGGAAAACUGCAUUGCAGCUCUUCUAGCCUAUGUAGAUUCAGUCCCUUGGGACUGUUUCACCUAAUGAAUAGUUUAUAUUAGGUUGGUGCAAAAGUAAUUGCAAUUUUUGCCAUUAAAAGUAAUAUGGCACAUAGAGUAGGCAGACUCUAUCCUCCUCCCUGGUCAAGGCAAUUGAUAACUGAUGAUUAAGUGCAUGUUCAUUCUGGUUAGGGAUAGAUCAUCUGGUGGAGCAUGUGGAGGUGGGCCAAGAAGAAACCCCCUUCCUAAAGAGCAGAUAGAACUAUACAAAUGACUUUGAGUGAUGAAAUUCAAGAAAGUUUUCCCAAAGGAAAGUUUUUAUUAAAAAGGCCAGUCUGCAAACAGCCUAAAUCCAUGCAAUUAUUUGGUAAUGGUUCCUAUUUCUAUGUGGAUCCCGACCAAUUUUUUGGUCAGUUCUGCAAAUGCAUUUCUCUCUGAAAUGGAGAUCCUCCAGAUGGCACUCUUCCCUCAGCCUGGGAGCCCCAUGAGGCAUCUAGACCUUAGCUGUAGAAAUGCAAGCCAGAGAACCUGACCAUUUUUACCCUGAGCUUGUAUUCUGACCUUGGUCAGCUCUGGAAAGGUCAUCCGUAUUCUGAACAGCAUCUGUACUAUAUGCUGCAGCGCAUUGCUCAGCAAUCACUUGUGAGUAGAUCAAACAGUAUUUUCUUUCAUUAAUAACACUGUUAAAGGUGUUUUGGAUAAUCCCUUUCUCAUGCUUGCAAAUACUUAUGCUAUCACUUAAGGCAGUGAUUCCCAGCUUUUUGGGGUGGGUUUUAUUUUAUUGUUUAUCUGAUUUCCCAAGAUUUUGUCUGUCUUCUGAAAGCAGAGUGGUACACCCAGCUGGCUGGGUGGUGCUGCCGUACCUGCAUAUGGCAGUAUUAGUUCUGAUUCUCUUUUUAGUUUGUUUCGUUUCUAAUCAACCCAAGUGCUUGGUUGUUUAAUGUUCACUUUGUCAACUUGUGAGAAACUAACUUGGGAUCCCUGAGAACUCAAUAGAUUCUUAAUUUUUUGUUUUUUUAUUUGGCUUUUUACUAAUUUUUGCCAGCAAAGCAGUAAGAAGGACAGAAUAGUUUAUUUAGGAGGAGAAGCAGACCUAUUUAAUAGCAUUUUUUUUCUUUGUUUAAAUAAAGACAAAGUUAUGGUCUCAUUGAGAGACAAUGUUAUUCUUCCAAUGAAGCAAAGAUAGCAAUCACCUUCUUUUUAAAUUUGCAAUGAAGUUUGCUUCAAGGUAUAAGAAAAGGGCUCCUGAGAAGCCCUUAUUCUUAGUUCUCUGUUUUUGAAAAAUCUAAUCUUGGGAGAGAUUGGUAGGAGCUGUGGGCGGAAUAUGUGGGGAUCCAAAAGGGAAGGGGAAAAAAGGCACAGAGGAGCUUGUUCUGAUCCUUUGUAGGAUUAUUGCUGUGGCCACCUGCUCUACAGGACUUAGAUAAGAAGACAGGUGAAAGAGGCAGUGUUAGGGGGGUGAAGUGGGCUGUGGGGUUGUGCUGGCUGGGUUUUCAUACCUAAGUUGACAUUUACUUAGCUCUGUGACCUUUGGCCAGUUACAUAUUCUCUGUCAAGACUGAGAAUCUUCAUUUGUAAAGUGAGGAUAAUAUGACUCAGAAUGUGAGCUGAUUAAGUGUGGUAAUCUAUGUAAAACAUACAGCACAGGGUAGGGAUCAUAAAAGUCAACUCUGUUCAGCACUUCAAGCUCAGCACACACAAUGUAGAAUUUAAUAACAUAGGCAGUUCUCCAGCUAAAUUGGAGCUCCUUGGAAGGCAGGAAUAGCAUCUAAUGCUUCUCUUUUUGUAGAGCUGGGCAAAGAAGCUUAAUAAAUAUGGAAUAAUUUGAGGUCAGCUCCAUGCAAUGUGUGGCCAUGCAGCCUGAAUCAAGAGAAAAGGAUGAGGGUCUCUGGCGUGAGCUGGGGUAUCCUUGAAAGUAACCCAUGAGUGCUCCAACCUGAGAAAGAUUUGACUUUGAGUCCCCGGAGAACUUCCCUUGGCUAUAUGGAUAUUUGUAUUUACAUAUCUAUUUAAAACCCUGCUUUUAAAAAAAAAAAAAAAGAAUUCAUACCACCAGUAGGUACAAAUCACUUCCAGUUCUUAUGAGAACACUUCAGCAAUAAUUGAGGCCCUGACAGUGUCCCCCAAACACUGCCAAAUUCUGCAAGACUGUUAAAAGAACCAAGUAAAGCUCCAGCCAUCCCGGCGCUCUUGGCAUUCGGUGUAUUUGAUUUACAUUCUAAUUCUUUAAAAGUUAAGCUUCAGUUUCGAUAGGAUAACUUUUAAGUGGAGUGGGCAGUUAACCAAAGUAGUCAUUUUCCCACAAUUCUGGACAAAUAGGGCUUUAUUGUCAUUGGAGGUAUUUCCAUUUGGUUUUAUUAGGAUUAUUAUUUUUUAGUGCAGAUAGGAGGGUUUAAGUAACAUUUUUUUUUAAACCAGGCAGUGCAAAAAAGACAGAAGUGCAGUUUUUGUCUCAAAGUCUAUAUGGCUGUUUACAAGAGUGAGCAUGAGAAUGAGGUGGUGAGAGGCAGGCCCUGAGGGCUGCUGAAUGGACCAUCCCCUCCUGGCCCAAGUUUGGCAGGAGAACGGAGAAGAGGGACUUCUGAGCAUAAAACUGAAGUCUCCAGUCAGAGAGACAGAGCAAGUGAUAAAUUAAGUGGAGCAGAAAGAACGGAGAAUGGAAGCAUUCAUCAUAACGUGCAGAUCCGCUAGAGGGCAUGGCAGCCUCAGGCCAGUGUGCGUUUGUAGUUAUUUUACAAACGUGACUCAUGCUCCUUAUUGUCAGUAUUAGGUAGGUGGUCAGAAUUUGCAAUGGUGACCGUGCCUGGUAGUGACGGGCCCGUGUGGGACCUGGAUCUACAUAAGCCAAAGACUAUAGGUUUUCACAUUUAAUUCUAAGAGCAAACCUUUGAGGAAAAUGUUAUCCCUAUUUUACAGAUGAGAAAUCAAGGCACAGAGAGGUUAGGUGUCUUGACUGAGGACACAUUGUGAAUAAUAGCAAGAUCAGGGUCUCAACCCAGGUUUGUUUGCUUCUAGAACUAAUGCUGUUUUCAUCAUUCUCACAAAAAGUCCUCCUUAUCCAGGGCUUUUUCUGCCUCUUGUAUAUCUCCAGAUGUUGGUUCACUAGGCUCCUAUAACAAAAUACCAUAAUGUGGGUGGCAUAAAUUGCAGAAAUGUUUUGUCUUACAGUUCUGGAGACUACAAGUUGAAAACAAGGACUCUGAAGGGUGGUUUCCUUGUGAGGGCCCAAAGGGAAGGCUCUGCUUCUCCGCAGUCAAAUGCUCUGCCACUGAGCUAUACUCCCUCUGCCAAUGUUCAUCUCUGCGUGACUGUUCAUGUGACCUUCCCCCUGUAUUUCUGUGUCCAGAUUUCCCCUUGUUAUGAGAAUACCAGUCACAUUGGAUUUGGGCCCAUCCCCAUGACUUUUUUAAGAACUUGAUUACCUCUGUAAAGUCCCCUACCUCCGAAUAAGGUCACAUUCUGAAAUAUUGGCUUGAGAACAUUGACAUAUGAAUUUUGAGGGGUCACAAUUCAACCCAUAAUACCAAAUAAAUCUCCUAUAGGUCACACACCCUGGCUGCUGUGCUUUAGACACUGUGUUUACAUUGAAAAGACUUUUCGCAUGGCCCCUUAUUGUUUUUGUCCAUGUUGUUUAAUCUGUGAACUAACAGCCUUGAAUAUAGUCACCUUCAAAGUGGGCCUGCUCACUGGAGUGAGCGUCAGGUCAAUAAAGCAUUCAGUGGGCUCUAAUUUAAUUAGCCAAGUUACUGUGGCAGCUGCCUUGUAACUGUGAUUCACAGACGGGCAGAGAACAGAGACGGGACUGGCAGAGUUCACUGUUGAUUCCAGGCAUUGCUGAGGCAGCUCCAGGCCCUAGGAACUUUGCUCUUGUUCUGGCAGGAGAACAGGGAAGCUGAAGGGGCAUUUAGGAUUUUCUGUCCUGGAUGUGUCUUUUGAAAUUAAGUGGAAAAUAGAGUAAAAUUCAAGGCCCUGCAGCUUCAGUCCCCUCUUUCCUCAUCUUGCCAUGUAUCACCUCAGCUCUCUUGUAAUUUAAAAAGAGUCCUGAAAAUUUCCUUCACUACAAACCAUGGCCUGUACACUAGAUUUGUCAGCUGCUUCCAUCUCACCCAUCCAAGCUGGCAGGGUUCCUUCAACCUCUCCCUGCCUCCUGCUUCUAAAACCCAGUCCUAAACUCACCUCUCAGUCCCAGGAGCAUUGACUUUAUCAAUCUUUCUCUGUUCUUCCGAUAGGAGGGGAGAGAGCUCCAGGUGUGCAUUCAGAGGAACUAGAUUUCAUUUUUGGCUGUCACAUACUGACCAGUGGCAACUUGGACAAAUCAUUUAGCCUCUCUGCCCUCAGUGUGGUUACUAAUCAAAUGGACAUAGGCAUCCCUGCCUUGCUUAUCUCUCAGGUAGGUUGUGAACAGAGUAAACCUCAAUGGAGCUGUCCCUAACACAAGCUGAUGAAAAACCAAAGAAAACUGAUUUUGCUUGUAUUGUAUUUACCACAGGACUGUGAUCAUUUUGUUGUCUGUUCUGCAUGUAUGUGUCUGAGUCAGACUGAAUUCCAGGAGCACAGAGCACUUUUUACAAGGUCCAGCCUUCACGGUAUGUAAACAGGCAUAGAAGACUUGGGAUGAUUGAUGAAAGCCAGUCUUGGAGAAUAAAGAAAAGACCAGUGGGUGAAAAGGGGGGUAUCAAAGAAGAUUACACAUGGAGUGACUUAUUUUAUGUAAAUCACAAAGGGUUUACACUUAUGGCAGUCAUUAGACAUUGAUUUAAAGUAUUAGAUAGCUAUUAUUUACCAAGAGCAGAUGUUCAGGAAUUUUUUUUAAUCAACAGCAUGAUUAAUUCUUUUUUGCUGCUCCUUUGUGUCUUAAUUAAAGCAGAUGAAAAAUGUCUUGUGUGUUUGAUAUUGACACCACUGACUGUGGGGAUUUGUUCUCAUAGGCCAUAUGCAGCUGAGUAUUUUAUAAGCUUAAGUCUUUAAAUAUAAACAUGAAAGGCGCCCAGCGUAAAUGGUUUUUAAACAAAGUAAAAAAAUGCUUUACAAAAUGAGCAAUUGUGGGGGGGGCAUUUUAAUUUAUAGUAUGUAAAUUAUAAACUUCAUAUUUUAUCUCUGAGCUAGAAAAAUAGUCUAGAAACAAUGGAUGGUUCUUUGUAGGCUUAGAAAUAAUUUCCUAGAAUACAACUUGGGUCAUUUUUUGUCUGAAUAUUGUAACAAGGGAAGCCUUGUGAUCCCUUUUCUCCUGGGAAUGCACGCUCCCACGUGGGAGGAGAAAGCUGCUUUCCCAUUUCUCCCACUCUUUGUUGCUGCCAUGGUGGCUGGUGCAAAGACUGCAGUGCAGGGACAGAAUGGGGCUUUUUUGUUGUUGUGUUUUAAUUUGAGAAUUAUGAUGUACCAUUUACACACCUAGGAAAGUGCUAGGAAUAAAGAUACCUAAACAAACAGAAGCCAUUAAUUCUGGAUUUCGGGCAUGAGAGGAGAGGUUUUGGGAUGGGUUGGUGUUUGAGCUGUAUCUUGAAGUACCAGUAAUUUUCUAAUUAGGGAAACAUGAGGGAAGGACAUUCUAGACUGAGAGCACAGCCUAAGCAAAGGCAUGGAGGUGGGAGUGGGUGUUCGACUUGAGGAAUUUUCUAGAGUUUUUUUGUAGUUUGGAACAUUGAGUACAGGGAAGAAAGAAUGCAAUGAAACAUGAGGCCAAGAAGAUGGAGUCUAGCUCUGUUGCCCAUGAUGGAGUGUAGUGGCACAAUCUCAGCUCACUGCAAACUCCGCCUUUUGGAUUCAAGCAAUUCUCUCACCUCAGCCUCCUGAGUAGCUGGGAUUACAGGUUCUGGGAUACAUAUGCAGAAGAUGCAGGAUUGUUGCAUAGAGCCUGAUGCUGGAUGACCAAGCCCCUGUGGAGGCCCAGUAUGCAGAGGAGGGCCCAGGACCUGGGAUCUUCAGCGCAGAACCUGGUGACCAGCAGCAUCCCGGUAGGCUAGACUGGGCCAUAGGGGAAUGACAGGGUGGGGACAGUGGAGGGUAAUCAUCCUACAUUCCCUGGAUCCUCCUUGGGAGCCCCACAUAAUUGAUGUUCCUCAGGCGGGGUGCUGGUGCUCCUUGCGACGUGGCUGUGCAGUGCCGGGAGUCCUGGGACUGUUGGCUGGUGUGGGUGUCGGCUCGUGGCUCCUAGUGCUGUAUCUGUGGCCGGCUGCCUCUCAGCCCAUUUCUGGGACCUUGCAAGAUGAGGAGAUACUUUGGAGCUGCUCAGAGGCGAGCAGUGAGGAAGCUCUGCUCCCUGCACUUCCCAAAACAGUAUCUUUCAGAGUAAGCAGCAAAGACUUUUUGCUGGAAGUGCAAGUGAGGGAUUGGCCGCGCUGGCUCCUGGUCUGCCAUGAGGGCUGGAGCCCCGCUCUGGGGCUGCAGAUCUGUUGGAGCCUUGGGCAUCUCAGACUCACUCACCACAAGGGAGUGAACCUGUCUGACAUCACCCUCAACAGCUCCAAGGAGUUUGCUCAGCUCUCUCCUAGACUGGGAGGCUUCCUGGAGGAGGCAUGGCAGCCCAGGAACAACUGCACUUCUGGUCAAGUUGUUUCCCUCAGAUGCUCUGAGUGUGGAGCAAGGCCCCUGGCUUCCCGGAUAGUUGGUGGGCAGGCUGUGGCUCCUGGGCGCUGGCCGUGGCAGGUCAUCGUGGCUCUGGGCUUCCGGCACACGUGCGGGGGCUCUGUGCUAGCGCCACACUGGGUGGUGACUGCUGCACAUUGUAUGCACAGUUUCAGGCUAUCCCGCCUGUCCAGCUGGCGGGUUCAUGCAGGGCUGGUCAGCCACAGUGUAGUCAGGUCCCACCAGGGGGCUGCGGUGGAGAGGAUUAUUUCACACCCACUCUACAGUGCCCAGAAUCAUGACUACGACAUCGCCCUCUUGCGGCUCCGGACCCCUCUCAACUUCUCAGACACCGUGGGCGCUGUGUGCCUGCCAGCCAAGGAGCAGCAUUUUCCGAAGGGCUCGCAGUGCUGGGUGUCUGGCUGGGGCCACACCGACCCCAGCCAUACUUACAGCUCGGAUAUGCUUCAGGACACAGUGGUGCCCCUGCUCAGCACUCAGCUCUGCAACAGCUCUUGCAUGUACAGUGGAGCCCUCACAGCCCGCAUGCUUUGUGCUGGCUAUCUGGAUGGAAGGGCCGAUGCAUGCCAGGGGGAUAGCGGAGGCCCCUUGGUGUGCCCAGAUGGGGACACAUGGCGCCUGGUGGGGGUGGUCAGCUGGGGUCGUGGCUGCGCAGAGCCCAAUCACCCAGGUGUCUACGCCAAGGUAGCUGAGUUUCUGGACUGGAUCCAUGACACUGCUAAGGACUCCCUCCUCUGAGUCCUGCUGUUUCCUCCAGUCUCACUGCAUACUGUCGCCUCAUGCUUCCUGGGGUCUCCGGCAGCUCCACUACCAGAGAGGCAGUAGCCUCCCACCCCGAAGGCAUGGACCUCCUACUACUGCGUGCGAGGAACAGUCACCACCCAUUGGCCAGCCACCCAGCCACCCGGCCUCCCCUCUUGGGCCCUGAUUUCAGAGUCCUCUUUCUCAUUAGAGACUCAAUGACAGGAGAGAGGCUGGGGCUGCGUUGGGAAUGCUGUGGUUGCUGAGGGAUGACGGGGAGGAGGAAAGAGGCAGGAGCUGGAGCAGAGGCUGCUGGAAGCAGCAGGAAGCCCGCCCUUCUGCCCUCUCUUCUCCCAGCCCCUGUGUGAAUUAUUUGGGAGAGUGCUGGGAGGUGCUCCUAGUCCUGUCUUUUCCCUGUGCUCUCAGGUGGGCUAAGUGCCUCCCUAGUGGAUUCUAUGGCUGAGAGGCUACUGGGCAGAUGGGGUCAAGGCUGGGCCAGCCCAGAUGAAGCCAAUGGGAGGCAGGAUCCUCUCCACUCUCCCUCUCCACUCCCCUUCCUGUUCUCAUGUGGCUCUGGCUGGCCCUGUAUGGGGUAGGGGCACUGGAAAACAAGAAGGCUGGAGUUGGUCUAGGAUGUUGGUUUUAAAUGACAGUUCCGUGAACUGGUCCAAGGAGUUCUGUUAUUAAAGUGAUAUAUGGUCUCCGUC